ACGGCACCUCACCUAUCAAUCCCUCGAAACCUCAUCGCGCCGCCGAUAGUCGAUUAUAGCGAACAUGACGGCUCACUACAACCCUGUACGAAAUGGCAGCUAAAGACCCCGAAUUUUGGGUUUGAUUCGUACUACUUUCCAUACCGCGUGACGAUGAUCGUGGAGAGCGCCCGGGUCGAUACCAACUAUCAACAACUGGACCAGUGGCAGUGCAAGGACUUGAACUUCGAGCUGGAGACGUGGAUACCCGAGGUUUUCGCAGAGCCGACCGACCACUGUGCGGUGUACCAGCCGAAGGGAUGCGAGGAGUGCGAGGCCGGCUUUGACCUACGAUUCGGACGUGGGAUGCUACCCCGGUGCCGGCUGCGCUUCAAUCUAAAAGGCACCGGCGACGCCGCCUGGGCCCGAGGAAUGACGCUCCCCGUUCCGCAGUACUGUCCGAGCGGCACUCGACGUAGCCUGAUCUCUCACCAAUGCUCGGUGCCCUGCCAGGCGAACUGCCUCCGAUGUAGAAACAAGAAAUGUGAAGUCUGCUCCCCGGGCUUCGAGCCGUCGAUCGACUCCGAGAUUUGCGAGGUCAUCGACCAGAGAUGCAAGGGGCGAUACUUCAAAUCGUCGGUCCGCUGUCUGAACUGUCCGGGAAUCGGGUGCAGGCGGUGUGAGGAUGUGACGGGCCACUGUCUGGAGUGCGAUCGGGGUCGAUUGCUGGUGAUCAGCCGCUUCCGGCGACGUUGCGUGUUGCUGUGCCCACACGGCACCUACCUCGACUACACGACGUACAAAUGCCUGAACUGUCCUCCUUGGUGCCGUCGUUGUGAUGGAAUCGGCUGCCUGCGCUGCUCGAGCGGUCUUUACAGCCUGUACGACGGAUUGUGGAAGCAGAAGUACCACCAGUGCUACUACAUGUGCCCCGACGGCUACUAUCCGCACAACGUUCAACCCUUGCACUGCCGCCCCUGCGAUCCCAGCUGCUCAAAAUGUUAUGGCCCAUCAAACUACCACUGCCUCAGCUGCCGCUCUGGCAUGCCGCAAAUCGAGCAGGACUCCAAAAUUGCCUUCUGUCCGACUGGGCGUAGUGGGAAGAUUUUCCAAUUGACGAGGCUCGGCUUCGUCCGCUCGGCAUCUUUCGGCAGUACGGCGGAAGUUCUCAGGCAUUUUGCCAGAGGUAUGAGCGACCCCCGGCUACUCGGCUCGUUCCUCGACGUCGACCUGAACGUCUGCAUCCAGUGUACGCACCCGUCCAAGUGCAGACGCUGCGAAUGGCGGCCAGGGGCCAAGCGAAUCCCGCCCAACAUACCCUACCAAUACCCGGACGACCCUGCAGAUCCGGACGCGCAGGAUCGCCAGAUUUGCCUCGAGCUCUUCCGGCCAGAGCAUCUUUGUGACCUGAGACUCCACUACCUGGACGCGAACAACACCUGCUUACCGUGCCACCCGGAAUGCAAGGGCGGCUGCACGGGCGAAGGGUCCAGCGUCUGCAAAGCUUGCCAGAGGGCGAUGGAUCUGGAUGGGGCCCAAUUCCCGUUCAACCGGCGGUACUACUGGGACGCCAUCUCCCAUCGACGAUAUCUGGUCGUGCUCCUCGGCAUCAUCUACAUUUUUUUCCAAGUCCUUGGAAUGACUGGAGCCUGGUACCUCGGCGAGCCGGGCAGUGGGGUGUUGAUCAAUUGGCGGGAUGAAGAGGAAGUACGCCAGGAGGCGCUCGACGACCUGGAGCGGGCCUGGGUGAUGCGCAGCAGGAGCAGCAGCAGUGGCAGGCCGCUGCCGUUCGCCUUCUCGGGCUCGAGGAAAUUGAUUGACUAUGAAAACGAUCCGCUCGGCAAUCCGCUCCUCAUGGUCGUCCCGGUAUUCAUCCGUCGGAAUCUGUACCCGAAGCUCAAGAAGCAGGGCAAAAAGUUGUUGAAGUCAAUAGAGUCUAGAAGCUCCUCCCUGACCCUCAGUCUCUCCCGCUCACUCCACAGCGGAAGUAGUGGCAGCCAGUCACAGGAGAGAAGGCCGACGAUGAGCAGCGCCACCGGAACGACGCUCACCCCCACGACGGCUACACCGACGACGUUGACUCGGCACACAACUGCUAUCACUGGUACCAUGGCGCCGACCACCGAUCCGAGUGCCAGCCGAAAAUCUACAAAGUCUCGCCAUUCCAUCACCGAGCCGACGGCGUCCGGCUACCCGUCGCUGCCCCUCGAGGAGACGAUCAGCGAGACCCAAUACGCCACCGAAAUUCAACCAUCGGUGACACCCGAUGAGCCAAGCCAACAGACGCACCAGCACCCAGAAGAUGACCACCACUCGAUGUCCGAAGAACUA